AUGGAAUUGAAGAACAUGGUAGCACUUGUUUCUCGUACUGGAAGACAAAUGCAGCGCUACAACAUUUACGGCCACCGCCAAGUUGUUGGAUGCAUCCCAUAUAGAUACAAAAGCACAUUUGGGACCUCAUCUAUUGUGGAUGAAGAUGACAUUGAAGUUCUUGUUAUCACUUCACAAAGGAAAGGAAAAGGGAUGUUGUUUCCAAAGGGAGGUUGGGAAAUUGAUGAGUCGAUUGAGGAAGCUGCCUUACGUGAGACGAUAGAGGAGGCUGGAGUUGUAGGCGACAUUGAGCAUAAAUUGGGCACAUGGAACUUUAUGAGCAAGAACAAUGAUACCUGCUACGAGGGCCACAUGUAUCCUAUGCUUGUUAAAGAGAUGCUCGAAUUCUGGCCAGAGAAAGACGUACGCCAAAGGAUAUGGGUAAGCGUGAAGGAGGCUCGACAAGUUUGUCAGUAUUUGUGGAUGAAGGAAGCAUUAGAAUUAUUCGUCGAUCGUUUUACAACAUAA